CCCGUCGCCGCAGGCGCCGGAAGUGCUCGGCUCUCUUUGCUUGCUUCUGCCGGCGCUUCGGCGGAAAUACUUUCGCGGAAAGAUGGCGGCUGUGUCAGUCUAUGAGCGGCCGGUUGGAGGUUUCUCUUUUGAUAACUGUCGCAGAAAUGCCGUCUUGGAAGCCGAUUUUGCGAAGAAAGGGUACAAGCUUCCAGCGGCCCGGAAAACUGGCACGACCAUCGCGGGAGUGGUCUAUAAAGAUGGCAUAGUUCUUGGAGCAGAUACGAGGGCAACCGAAGGGAUGGUUGUUGCAGACAAGAACUGUUCAAAAAUACACUUCAUAUCUCCUAACAUUUAUUGCUGUGGUGCUGGGACAGCUGCAGACACAGACAUGACAACCCAGCUCAUUUCUUCCAAUUUGGAGCUCCACUCCCUCUCCACUGGCCGCCUUCCCAGGGUUGUGACGGCCAAUCGGAUGCUGAAGCAGAUGCUUUUCCGGUAUCAAGGUUACAUUGGUGCAGCCCUAGUUUUGGGGGGAGUAGAUGUUACUGGACCUCACCUCUACAGCAUCUAUCCUCAUGGAUCAACUGAUAAAUUGCCUUAUGUCACCAUGGGUUCUGGCUCCUUGGCAGCAAUGGCUGUGUUUGAAGAUAAGUUUAGGCCAGAUAUGGAGGUUUGGACCAAGUGCCCUGAGAGCCAGAGGAUAUGGGGUUGUGGAUGCUGCCCAACCAGGACAGGGGUUUUCUGCCAGAAACCUCCCUGCCCUUGGUACAUGAGGUUAUCCGAGCCAAUGACUUGCCUCAGGUCAAAGCCCUGGUUCAGAGUUGCAGAGAAACUGCCAGCUAACCAUCCUGGAAGUCCUCCGAGGGCCAUAACUGCGCUGCUCCCUUCCUCCCUCCUUACCCCUCGUGCGCUAACUGCUGCUCAGGAGACAUUCAGCCAGCAUUUGUUGAGCGAGUGGAUGAAAAGAAAUGACAGUCAGAGGAACUGCCUGUUGGCCCAAAGACGAAUUGGCAACCACCGUCUACUUGCCCAGGUUCUGAAGAUCCUAGGUGAUUGAGGAGUGACAUACCCUGAAUCAGGGAACUGCUGUCCACUGUCCCCAACUCACAAGGAGCCCCCAGCUGAGACCGGUUACGUGUGAGCUUGUAUGGUGCUGUGCAUUCUGGCUCUGGGGCCCUGGGGCCCUGUUCUGCUGUUUACUAGUUUGGUUUCCCUGGGCAGGUCAGUCACUCUCUCAGCUGGUUUCUGACAGUGCUAACUUCCAGAGAUGGGUGAGGGCAGAGGUAGAAAUGCUGGUCAUCAGUAUGCCUGCCUCAGUACUUGGCACAUUGUGGUGGGUGCUCAGUAAGGGUCAUUCCAUUUCAUCGCAUUCAGUCCUGCGGAUAUGAAAUGAGGGUAGGAUUGGAGAAAA